GCAUUUAAAAAAAAGCGUGAGGAGGGCUGCUAAUGGCACGGGGUCCCUUCCUGAGGUGAUCAUCUCGCAGCUCAGUGCAGUGGAGGCUCCGAAAGUUUAGCAGGUGGAUUGAGGGUGUGUGAGUUUUAUCUCCAAUAGCUGUUAGGACUUCUUCUCCGGGAAGCCUGAGGGCGAGGCGAGGCCUUGGGGCAGAGGAGAGGCCCCAUCAGGACAGAUAUUUUACAUUCUUUUCCUUUUGACUUAAUUCUGCUCUUACAGAGAAGUCAAGGGAAUCAUGUAGAUAACUUCCAUCUUCUCUUCCCUGAAUCCCUCAGUUGUAAACAUUUCGCUUCCAAAUGGUUCAUCAUCCCCUCCCACUCACAUCCCGCCCCUGGGUGUGUGCGUGUAAAAUAUAAAUAGGUAUGUUUAUCAUUCUUUUUCUGAGCCCUUUGAGAGGGGGCUGCGGACGUGCUACCCAUCACCCCUAAGCGCUCCAGCGAGUGUUCUGAGAACAAAAGACAUCCCUUAUGUGACCGCUAGAUUCUCAGCAUCCUUCCUAUCUGCUCACCUACAGACCUUAUUCCAACUGUCGCCGUCCUCUGUGGGUCACUGCGUCAUCCUGCUGUCCUCGGUCCCUGCGCUCUGGAAGCGUCUCCAUGCCCCCCAGGUCCUCUGGCCACUGCGGGCCUGUCAGCUGCAUCCCCAGACUGGGCUCCGGUGGUGCAGUUUCCACAGGAACCACGGAGGGGGCUGUGUUCGCCCUGUCCUGGUGGAUCCCCUCGGCCGCUUGGAGAAGCUGAGGUUCACAGGGCUUUUCCAAAGUGAAAUCAAGCCUUUCCCCUUGUAGUUGUCUUGAGGGGAGACUUUGGGACUCUGAGGAUAGAGCGUGCUCCUCACGCCUCACCCUCGAGCCAAGACUGGCACAGAGCCUGUCCUUGCAUCACUCAUAGGCUACUGGGAAUAGACAGGCAAAGAGCAAGUGUGUGGGAUACAACAGCAGGGUGGGGUGAGCGUGCUUGGAAGAGAACGGAGCUCAGUAAGGGGAGGAGGUCUCUGAGGAGAAGACUUUUGAGCCAAUAGCAGUGAGACAGCCAGACUUGGGAAUGUCUGGGGGAAGUGCACUCCAGGCUUCCAGAACAGUACAUGCAAAGGCCCUGAGGUGGGAAAGAGGGCAGUGCCCUGGAGGAACAGCAGGGAGACCCAAGUGCUGGAGUGGGUGAGGGCAAGUGUGAAGGAAGCAGGGUCAGCUGAUGUGUGUCUCGUGGGUCAUGAGGAGUUUAGAUGUUUAAAGCAUGAUGGGGAAUCCCAGGAAGAUUUUGAGCUGAUUCACAUUAGAGCACUUUUUAUCCUUUUGAUUCAUUAUUGGUUUUAGGACAAUUUUUAUAGCAGCUUUAUUGAGAUGUCAUUCACAUACCGUACAAUUUGCCCAUUUCAAGGAUACAGUUCAGAGAAUUUCAGCACAUUCAGAGUUGUGCAACCAACCCCAUAGUCUAAUUCCAGAACAUUCUAUCCAGGGCUGCAGAGCUGGAGUUGCAGGGUCAUGGCAGGGGUGGGGCACCCAGCCCUAACCUGGCUUUUUCUCUCCCCAUCCCCAGGAGGCAACACGUUUGAGACCCACAUCAUUGGAGGUCGAGAGGCUGCCCGCAACUCACACCCAUACAUGGUCUCGCUGCAGAAAUCUGGCUCCCACCUGUGUGGGGGGGUCCUCGUGCACCGGCAGUGGGUGUUGACAGCUGCCCACUGCCUGAUCCAUCCGACACAGCUGCUGAGGCUGGUGCUGGGGCUCCACGUGCUCGGAGACCCUGGCCUUAGCUGCCGCAUCAGGAAGGUGGUCCUGCAUCCCGAGUACAAGCCGGCCCCCCAUCUGAAGAAUGACCUCGCGCUGCUUAAGCUGGAUGGGAAGGUGAAGCCCAGCAAGACCAUCCGGCCCCUGGCCUUGCCCCGAGGACGCCAGGCAGUGGCCGCAGGAGCGCGGUGCAGCGUGGCCGGCUGGGGUCUGACCCACCAGGGUAGGCAGUUGACCAGGGCGCUGCAGGAGCUGGAUAUGCAUGUGCUGGACGCCAAGAUGUGCAACAACAGUCGGUUUUGGCACGGUGGCAUCAGCCCCCGCAUGAUCUGCCUGGCAGCCCACUCCAAGAACCAGGCCCCCUGCAAGGGGGACUCGGGAGGACCCGUGAUAUGCAGCAGAGACCACGUGGCUGGAAUCCUGUCCUUCAGCUCUAAGCUCUGCACCGACAUCUUCAAACCCCCCGUGGCCACCGCCGUGGCCCCCUAUACGUCCUGGAUGAAGAAGAUCAUCGGCCACUAGCGGCCCACCGCCCUAACCCGACGCCCCAGAGGUGGCCCGACUCCCCUUCCGUGCGCCAGCAGGAUUGCAGGGAGGGUCGGCCGGGGGCCUGCAUGUGUCAGGGGGCCAAUAAACUGUAAUAAGGUAAUGGC